AGUGAAGUUUCGACCUUGCAUUGGUCAAGUCAGUGCCACUGGCAGGAUUCAAGUCAUGGUUUUGAAGAUCUUGAGGUAAUCAAGUUAUACUUUCGGCCAGAAAGGUCUAGUCCCAUUAAGCGACACGACAAGGCGGCCAUUUUUCCACAUAACCUUGGCGAUCGCCUUAUUGCGCCCGGCCUCCCGUUUUCUGGCGACCCUGCUGUCGAGAUAUACGAUGGCCGGUCAACAGUCCCCCUGCCUCUGACCAGUCAUCCAGCCGAUAUAGCCCAGCUUGCUAUUCACAACCAGCAACACCAGAGCAUUCCACAAAGCCAACUUCAGACAUCCCAAAACACGCAGGCCAUGAGCACCGCCUUUCCGCACACCUCGCACUCAUACGCGCAUCCUCAUUCAAACCAACAUGCGCCAAAACAUGUACACCACCACCUCCCCCAUGCAAAUUCAUAUUCACAGUCCUUUGUACACCAAUCACAUCCCGCUCGGCCUGUGCUUCCUGGCCACGGGAAUCCUGGGAAUCCGACCAACCUCACACUUUCCGACUCGCCUUGCUCAUGCUCUUCAUAUUCUUCAUCCUCUGUACUUUCCUCGUCUGCCACCUCCAUGCCCAAAUCACCUCCUGUCUUCUUCUCCUCGGCGCCCAGUUCAAGUAACACGGCCAACUCGUCACCAGCUGUUUCU